AUGUCUGAGGUCAAUAUCGAUGGGUUCUUCUCGCUUGAAGGCAAGGUCGCUCUGAUCACAGGAGGCUCGAGAGGACUGGGACUGCAUACAGCAACCGCAUUCUUGUUAGCCGGAGCUAAGACACUUUUCAUCAGCGCACGCAAGGCUGGGGGCGAACAGGGCAUCGACCAGGCAGUCAAGCGUCUCAACGAUCUCGCCACCCAGAAAGGUCUCAAGGGGCGGGCGAUUGGCAUUCCGGCCAACGUGGCCCAGGAAGACGAUAUCAAGCGGCUGGUCGGCGAAGUCCAGAAGCAUGAGUCGAAACUCGACAUAUUGGUUGCCAACGCUGGAGCAACAUGGGGAGGACCCUUCGGGCCAACUCCAGACUGGAGCAGCCAGAAGAUCCUCGACCUGAACGUGCGUGGAGUGUUCAACCUUGCACGGCUGUUUUCUCCCAUGCUAGCAGCAUCCGGCUCACCAGAUGACCCUUCUAGAAUCGUCAUUGUGUCCUCAGUAGCCGGUACGAACGUUGCUCAUGUCGGAGACAACGGCACAAUAAUGUACUCGGCAUCGAAGGCGGCAGCACAUCAUCUCGGACGUAACCUGGCAGUGGAACUGGGCCCUCGAAACAUUACGGUCAACACCGUCGCCCCGGGAUUCUUCCCAUCGAAACUUGCUAACGGCCUGAUCGACAUCUUGGGAGGUGUUGAUGAACUUUCUCGAGAGAAUCCCAGAAAGAGACUCGGGGUUCCCAACGACAUCGCCGGCGUGAUGUUAUUCCUAUGCUCUAGGGCAAGCAACUACGUCAAUGGCGAAUACAUCUCAGUAGAUGGCGGAUCACGACUGGGAUCUGGCAGAUUGACGAAGAUGUGA